AUGGGCGUAUCCGCUUCCACGCGCACCACGACGCUCGUGCUGGCCUGGCUCGCCUGCCUCGGCGCAUGGUUCGCUGCGCCCGCCCUCGCCGUCUCGCUCCCCAACGCCGCGGACUGGACCAACACCAACCUGGUCAAGCAGAUCGAACUCGCCGGCACCACCUCGCACGCCAUCACCACGCUCUCCGUCCGCCCGGGCGCAUCUCACACCGGCGGCGAGGUGCUCGACUACUACAUUGUGCUGGCGGCGCACGAGGCGGAGCACCUGGCGUGGUCGCGUCUGACGGUCAAGCCGGCGCUGGAUUCGGCGUUUGCGGCGCGCGACACUGCGCACGGCGGCAUGCGACCCGUCGUGCCGCUGCAACAGCUCGGGCCUCUUGACGCGGAUGCGGACUCGGUGGUGUACAAGGCCGAGAUCCCCGCCGAGCUCGUGGGCGCGGAUGGUGUGAGCCUCACACUCGAGACGGCGCUCAACCACGUGACGCAGCCGCUGCCGAAGCAGGUCAAGCAGACGCAGGCGCAGCUGGUGCUGUGGACGGGCGAUGCGGCCGUGCGUUCGCCCUACCCCACCAAGGCCGCGCGCAUCAAGGUCAAGGCGGCCUCGCCCAAGAUCAUCGCCUACACGCCCGACUCGGCCACCAAGUCCGGCAGCAUCGUCACGUUUGGGCCGUUUGAAAACGUCGAGCCCAUCCAAGCGCGCACCAAGAUCGAGCAGGGCAGUGUGCAUUUCCAACUCGAUGCGCCGAGGGCGGUCAUUGUCGAGCUGAGGCGCACGGCCGAGGUGAGCCACUGGGGCGAUGCGUUGAGUGUGCACGACCGACUGGUGGUGCGCAAUGCGGGUGCACAGCUCAAGGGCCACUUUUCGCGCAUCGAACACCAGAUGGCGGCGUUCUACAACAAGGCUUCCGCCAGUGCGCUCUCGACGAUCGGCAUGAGCCUGCCGGCGGGCGCGCGCGAUGCCUGGUUUGUCGACGAUAUCGGCAACGUCUCCACCUCGAGGUUCCGCGAGUCGAGGCCGGAUCCCUCGCUGCUCGGGGCCUCGUCCGUGCUUCCGACCUCGGCAGGCGUGGCGUCCAGGAUGAGUGCACUCGAGCUCCAGCCGAGGUUCCCCUUGCUGGGCGGGUGGAACUACACGUUUAGCGUGGGCUUUACCCUGCCGCUUAGUGCGGGUGGAUGGACGAGGAAGGUGCGCGCGUCCAACGAGUACAUUACCGCCGUGCCGCUGUUUACGCCCAUCAAGGAUGUGGCCGUCGACGCACUCACCACCGUCAUUGUGCUGCCAGAAGCCGCAUCGAGGGUGCAGCUGGAGCUGCCGUACGAUAUCCAGCUCGAGCACCACAUCACAAACACCUACCUCGACACGGUCGGUCGCAACACCAUCGUGCUCACCCAGCGCAACGUAGCCCCGCAACACGCAGCGCUCGUGUACAUCAAGUACUCGCUUCCGCACCGCGCCAAUAUGGUCAAGGUCGCCGCCGUCGCCGCCCUCACCGCCGCAUUGCUCACCGCCACUGCCAUCGUGCAACGUGUACAGACUAGAAUCAUUUAG